ACAAAUCAGUUAGGUUGGAAAGAGUGUAAAACCUGCGAAUCCAAGAAAUGGCGAAUGCAUCAGCUUCGAGCUUACAAAAGCUAUUCCAAGCAGGAACCAAGAUCGUUGCUGUGGGCCGUAACUACGCCGCUCACGCUAAAGAACUCGGCAACGCCGUCCCAAAGGAGCCUGUUUUGUUUCUGAAACCGACAUCGUCUUACUUGGAAAAUGGAGGCACGAUCGAGGUUCCUCACCCAUUGGAGUCUCUGCAUCAUGAGGUGGAGCUCGCCGUGGUCAUCAAUAAGAAGGCUCGCGACGUUCCCCAGACCUCUGCCAUGGAUUACGUUGGAGGCUAUGCUCUUGCCCUGGACAUGACUGCAAGGGAAAUCCAAGCAUCAGCAAAGUCUGCAGGGCUUCCAUGGACUGUGGCUAAAGGACAGGACACCUUCACACCAAUUAGUUCUGUUCUGUCCGUGUCAAUGGUGCCUGACCCUGACAACUUGGAACUCUGGUUAAAGGUAGAUGGAGAAAUACGACAGAAAGGCUCCACCAAGGACAUGAUCUUCAAGAUCCCAUACCUUAUCAGCCACAUAAGCUCCAUCAUGACUCUUUUCGAAGGAGAUGUCAUUUUAACUGGCACUCCUCAAGGAGUUGGGCCGGUAAAAGCAGGUCAAAAGAUAACUGCUGGGAUAUCCGAUCUCAUAGAUGUUCAGUUUAAUGUUGAAAAACGAAGAAAGCCAGGAAGUUGCUAACCAUAUCCCACUCUGAUUGGUAAUGUACUGAUGUCAACUUCAGCAAGAAUCUGUCUCAAAUUCGGAUUCAACACAGCAAUGGAGGCAGGUUGUGGUUAGGUAUUACUUUGUCCAAAUUUACGAAGCAGCUUUUAGAAUCAAACAAAUGGAUUUCGUACUAUGAAAUUCGUCUAAAACUUCCCGUAUUAAACUGAAUAAUUGUUAUGUUAUUGAACUUGCGUUCUUGGCC